UCGCAUAAUUCUGUGUUACAUAAACAUCAUGCAGUGUUCUUUGAUAUAAAGAGCUUUAAUCUGGUUUUGGGAUUUCCUCUUACCUUGGAAAAUCAUGUUAUUACCAUUUUUUCUUAGCCUGUUAUGUGUGUGCAAAAUUGGAAAACUAUGAUAAUGAAGUGAAAAGUGAAGUGAAGUGAAAGUGACCUAUUAGUCAGAUAUGGUAACCCAUACCCUAAAUGUGACCUCUGCAUUUAACCCACGCACGAGUAGUGAACACACGCACAGCAAGUGGUGAACACACGUACACCCGGAGCAGUGGGCAGCUAUCACUGCAGCGCCCGAGGAGCAAGUAGGGGUAAGGUGCCUUGCUCAAGGACACCUCAGUCGUUACCCGCUGGCCCUGGGAAUCGAACCAGGCAACCUCUCUAACCAUUAGGCCACGACUAAAUAUUAAAUUUAACAUUUAAAUUGAACAAUUAAGUACUGUUUAUUAAUAAGACAUUCAAUUGUAAUAAUACAAAUUUGAAAACAUUCUUAUAGGCAUAGGCAACAGACUAUUUUCUACUGACAUCUGUUCAGCCUUUAAACAUAUUUUGCAUGUUUUCUUACAUCUAUAGCAUAUGCAAUAUCCCACAUCAAUCAUCCGGCUGUCGAAUAAUACAGGAUUUGCUGUGUGCGCACACACAUAUAAACUGGUGUGUGUGGCUGGGCACAUACAUCAUCUUUUAGCAUCAAAGAUCCUACAUGCAGUCGGGCUAACUUAGAUCCUUAGAUGUUAAACAAACUACUGCAAAUCAUGUAUGUUGCAAUUUGACAUUAUGAUGAAAUGUAGUGUGGAAAAUGGGGUAAAUUUACAUGCUAGCAGAAGAACCAGCAUCAGAUUGAAACAUAAUCUGAUUGAUAAUCUUUUUUAUUGCUACGCUCGCCGAAAUAAGAUACGGGUUUAGAUGGAACAACAAAACCAAGGUCUCCAAUUUGCCCUGUGAAAUGAUGAGAGUGGGAAAAGGUUGAGGGGGAAGGGAAGUCUUUGAGCGGGAGGGAUGAGUUCCAGCCAAACAUAAAGAGAUUGAUAGCAUUAGAAGCAGACAUGAGCAGAGCAGCUGUCAUCCGUGAAUCAAAUCCAAGCACAGCACUUCCAGGGAGCAGAAAACACAGAUGGCAUAUACAAUCGUCUAUAAUACCCCAUACAUCUGAAACGCUACGAAACUCAAAAAGUUUGAAUGUCUGAAGCAAGGAACCCUACAGUCGCUUGCCUGAAGCCAGGAUUACUCUUCUCCUUGUGCGUCAUCCUGGAGUGCUAUGGGUAUACGGCGUGCUCACCGAGCAUCCCUGGCUCUUACCUUCAACUACGUGGCGUUCGCCAUGGCCGUGUUGGCUGUAACCACCAGCUACUGGUGUGAAGGAACCAGGAAGGUGGUGAAGCCUUUCUGCACGGGGCUGGUGACGGUCAAGCAGACGUACUGCAACCGGUUUAACAGCUCCAACCUCAAUGACACGCGGCUGGUGCAGUACAUCUACGAGACGGGAGAGGAGAAGUUCCUCAUGAGGAAGUUUCACACAGGCAUCUGGUUCUCCUGUGAGCAAACGGUCAACUUACAGGGAUUUAACUGCAGGAGCUUUUUAGAGAUCGCACCGGAUCAUGAAAGAGGGGUGCUCUGGCUGUGUAUUGUGGCAGAAUGUCUGUACAUUACUCUGUUAUUCACGGGUGGAGCUCUCAUGGUGAUAGAGAUGUGUCCCUGCUUUAACCUGAUCAACAGGCUCAAGCUGAACGCCUUUGCCGCUGUGUGCACUGCUCUCUCAGGUCUUCUGGGGAUGGUUGCACAUAUGAUGUUCACCACAGCUUUUCAGCUGGCUGUCAGUAUGGGUCCAGAAGACUGGAGACCUAAAACAUGGGACUACAGCUGGUCCUAUUUUUUAGCAUGGGGCUCGUUCGCCACCUGCAUGGGCUCGGCAGUCACAGCCUUAAACCGCUACACUAAAACCAUCAUCGAGUUCAAGUUCAAACGGCGAAGCAUCGAGAAGAAACUGCGCAUCAAGCAGAAGAUUCUUGAGCUGGAGGUGCCAGAAGAUUUAUGGUACAUCACUUCAUCACAAGAGCAACCUGACCAACACACUGUCUUCUAUGUUAAUGGCAUCGAAACAUCUUACUUCAGCCACAAUCGGGGAGGAGAAUAUCACCUGUGAACUUAAUCUGCUUAACAGAGCUGAACCUUUUGUGCAUUUCUAUCACAACAAGGGCUUUUGUCAACAUGGAAUAAACUAAGUGAUUUUUUUAUAGACAUUGUUGUUUACAUGUGAAGCCGUUUUGAAGAACAUUUAUACUGUAUUUAUACAUUAUGAUCUACCUACAGCGCUCUUACAAAUAUAAGAGUAGCAGGUUUUUACAUCUUAAAUGGCUUGCCCUAAACUAUUACAAAAUGAUUGGCUGUGGUGACCGAAAUGUGAUUAAGUAUCAAUUUGUUCUGAACCCUGAGCGUUGCUUACAUACAAGCCUACACUGUAAACAAUUUUAUAUUAAAUUUACAUAAUUUAUUGGCAACAGUUUGUUCAAAGA